AAAAUAUAUAUACAGAUUUCCCACCUGCUAAAAGAAAAAAAAUUUGUUACUUCGAUAUUAAUCUAGCAAUCAAGCCAGCUGCAAUUUCUUUCAAUAAAUAAUAAUAUGAUUUCUCUUCAUAGAGAUUGCUUGAGGAAAUUCUACCAUAAAACAAAGAUUUUUAUUUCUACGAACCCUUUUCACAAUUUCCCUUAUUACUCUGUUUUUUCUUCUUAUCUGAAUCCCUUUAUCAAAGACUUUAAGCCUAAAGAAAGCCUUUUAGGCUUUACCCAAAUUGACCCAUUGUCCGUUAUAUCUCCCACUGCAAAUUUACACCCAUUUUGUUAUAAUUCUUUCACUUGUUUUUACUCAACUAGAGCCCCAUCUAGAUCAUUUAGAAGAAGAAUUAAUAAGAGAUUAAAAGCUAGUAGCAAACCUGUUCUUGAUCAACCAAAAUUUGAGAAGGCGGUUUCCCAGCUCCUGCCUAGGUUCACUGCUGAAGAGCUAUGUAAUGUGAUAACUCUAGAAGAAGAUCCUUUAGUAUGUUGGGAGUUAUUUAAUUGGGCGGUGCAGCAGCCUAGGUUUAGGCAUGAUGUUUCCACUUAUCAUAUUACCAUAAAGAAGCUUGGUGUAGCGAAAAUGUAUGAAGAAAUGGAUGUUGUUGUUAACCAGGUGCUUGCCCUUCGUACAUUUGGUUCUGAGCCUCUUUAUAAUACCAUCAUAUACUUUUUUACGGAAGCCAGGAAGUUGACUAGAGCUGUGAAUAUUUUUAAGCAUAUGAGGAACAAUAGAAAGUUGGAUUGCAGGCCGUCUAUUAGAACAUAUAACAUUCUUUUCACAGCAAUGUUGAGUAGGGGAAGAGAUUCCUAUAUAAACCAUAUGUACAUGGAGACUAUUAGGUGUCUGUUCAGGCAAAUGGUCAAUGAUGGGAUUGAGCCUGAUGUUUUCUCAUUGAAUUCUAUGAUAAAGGGAUAUGUGCUUUCACUUCAUGUUAAUGAUGCUCUACGAGUGUUUCACCAGAUGGGUGUGGUCUAUAAGUGUCUGCCUAAUUCUUAUUCCUAUGAUUUUCUGAUUUACGGGUUAUGUGCACAAGGUAGAACCAAUAAUGCUAGGGAAUUGUGCAACGAAAUGAAGAAAAAUGGGUUUGUUCCUAGCAGUAAAUCGUAUAACUCCCUUGUGAAUGCUUUGGCACUUUCUGGAGAGGUUGAGGAAGCACUACAUUACCUAAGAGAGAUGAUUGAGAAGAGAAAGUCUGCUGAUUUCAUAACAUACAGAACAAUCUUGGAUGAGAUCUGCAGAAGAGGAAGGGCUGAGGAGGCCACGGGAUUGUUAAAAGAGUUGCAAGAUAAAGAUCUUGUUGAUGGGCAUACUUAUAGGAAACUCCUAUAUGCAAUGGAGGAUGAUUUUGGAAAUUGAAAUGCAGAAGCCAGAUUAGUAAUGUUGGCGUAAACAAUCACUUUCCAUGCAGUUUGACAUUCAAAUCAUGUUUGAAUUAUGGAGAAAACCUUCCAAUGAGUUGGAGGUUGCUACUGCCACUUGAUAUUUUUUUGUGAAGGUACAACUUGGUACUUGAUCAACAUACAAGUUUUACUUGUGUACCAUUUUUAUUUCAAAUUAUUUAGAUUUAUAGAUGUAAAAUCUUGGCUGUGCCAGCAGUUAAUAAGAUAAUAAGAGUCAAAGGAAUGACUUUAUUUAGAACUUCUUAUGUGUCUUGUCAUUAUUUAGGGAAUGAUGGUGAAAAUGGUAUUCACAUAUAUGAAGUUUUUACAUAGUUAUGGUCCCAUAGAAGUGGAUUAUCUAAUGGGGGACCUACAUAUAUGAUCCUACAUUUUUGGAUUUUGUGAGCAUAUUCUUAGAUGGUUGAGUCCUACCUUCUGCACUAUGUUAGGAGCAAUUAUUGUUUCAUAUUUGCGAAUUAGAAACUCAUUGAUUGGGCUCUUGAAUUGGUUUUCCAUUUUCCAUUUUUACAUAAAUGGCUUAAUUGUUAUAUCACUAUUUUCGGUUCUUGAAAAUGCAUCCUUACUCCUUAGUCUUCAAUAAUUUAUGCAUCAUUGUAGCAAAUAUGAAGAAAGCUCUCUGACUAGCCUCCAUCAUAUUCUAUCAUAACUUGUCUUACAUCUUAUUACAUAUGUUAACCACAUUUUCUGCAUUAUGUAAAGAGCAAUUGGAUUUUGUGCAAGGGACUAUUGUUUGGUAUCAGAAUGGUCAUUGAAUGUUGCUUAAGGUGUUGAUACAUCAAACAGCAUUAUUAUUAGUAUUAUUUUAUUGAAAGUGCAUUCUCAUGUUCUUUCUUGUUGUUCUUAAAUGCCUUUCCAUUUCUCUAAGAUAAAAAGAAAAAAAAUUCUGCAGGGGGUUUUUAUUAAACCAUAUUGGGGCACCAUUGAUUAUUUUCUAGAUUGUAACUGAACUAAACUCUUAGGUGAGAACUUGUGACUGGUAGCAUCUGGAAUCUAUGAAGGUAUCAAGCCAUAUAGUUAUGCCUCAUUUCAACAAUGAGCUUUAGAUAGAUAAUCUGUAGGCUAGCUUUCCUUGCUGUUAAUAUGAUUGAUUUUGGCCUUUUUUAACAUAAUCUGGUUAUUGAGACAACAUCCGCAAAGUUACUUAGUGUAUGGAUUCAUUAAAGCAGUUAUUCUUGCUUGGUCUUGGCUAAAAAUAAGUUUGUAAUGUGCCAAUCUUGCAAAGGAAGGAGUUCUUCUGCAUCCAGGAUUCCUGCGGGUUUUUCAGUAAGGAUCACCUUCUACUGUUAGCGUCCUUUUUUGAAUGUGCCACUGGAAUGCCAGGAGAUUCUGUGUUGGGCACUUGAUGAUGGAAGGAGAGUUGUUUUCAGUUAGGAUUGAUGUUGAUGGUUCUCUGGAAAGGGUGAAUGUUGUUCAAAUUGUUGACUGAUAUUGUGUUGGUCUUGCGGGUUUGUGAUCGUUUUGUUUUGUCCCUAAGGUGUAUGGCUUCAAGUAGGAAGAUUCAGGAUUUUUGUUGCUCUAAUCAGAUGUACAAGGAAGGUUCAGAGCGAUGUGAGGAGCUGUUUUUGUCUUUUGAAUAGGAGUAUUGGGAGUGUAUACUGUUACAGGUUAAGGGCAUACCAACCAAUAUUCUUCUUGUUCGGCCUGGUUGCUCGCCAUGGCCCUUGUAAAGGGGAAAACAAAAUUCCCAGCUUUUUAAUGAUAUUCUUCUUUUAAUUUUCAAAAAAAAAAAAGUUUGUAAUGUGAAGGCUGGAAGGCACAAUACUGGCUGGUAUUGAUUGAGUCAAUGUCUAAUUAUUUUAUAAAAAAUUCUCCAUUGAUUA